CAGGACACCAUCCUCGCCCUCCUCCCCGACCGCCAUCGCAUAUCUCCGUCCCGCGGUCCGAGAUAAUCGGUCGACUCAGUCCAUCGCACCACCAGUCAUUCAUUCCCCAGCGCACAUCCACACAACAUGGCGACAACGGUACCUCUCGAAAAAACUGCGGUGCCAGUCCCUGUCGAAGUCGAGUUCCCUCCGCAAGAUGUAACACUGCCGUCAGUGCGAACAGGGGGAUUCCUCGACACCGUCCUCGACACAUAUCAGAGCUUCCAGGCACGGAGAGAUGCGCUCGGUCUCAGCAACCCAGGCACAGUCGAUCAAAUAGCAAAGGAGGUCCAGCGCGAUGUCUUCCUCACCAACCAGAUAUUCUCUGGUUUGCGCGCGGAGCUCAACAAGACCUUCUCCAUCCUGCCACUCUUCCAGAUCAGCCAUGCCUUCUCGAGCGGAUCCCAGAUGCUCUCGCCUUACACAUUCCUCGCCUUGUAUGGCACCAACAAUAUGCUCUGCCAAGCUCAGCUCGACUCCGACGGUUCCCUCAACGCUCGAUUUAAUGGCCGCAUCACAAGCCGUCUCAUCAACAAACUCGCGGUGCAGAUUCAGCCUGGCUCGAUGGCUGGACCAGGUGGCGCGCAAGUAUCUCUCGAACAGGACUACACUGGCGACGACUUCACCGCAUCUCUCAAGAGCAUCAAUCCGAGUGUGUUGGAAGGUGGAUUGACGGGAAUGUUCAUCGGAUCAUACCUCCAGAGCGUCACUCCCAGGUUAUCACUCGGAAUCGAGGGUGUAUUGCAAAAGCCAGGUGGUGGAAUGGGCCCGGAGGUGGCCAUGAGCUACGCAGGACGAUACAAGGGCGAUGACUGGAUCGCCAGCGCGCAACUUCUGACUCAGGGUGGCAUGCAAGUGAGCUACUGGAGGAGACUGAUGGACAAGGUUGAGACUGGUGUCGAUGUGAACCUACAAUUCGCUGGCCUGUCCGGAGGAAAUCCAAUGAUGGGCGCCGCACGAGCAGAGGGUGUGGCUACGCUGGGCGCAAAGUACGAAUUCUCGCGAUCCAUUUUCAGGGCGCAAGUGGACAGCCAGGGCAAGCUCGGAUGUUUGCUCGAGAAGGUCGUUGCGCCGCCAGUCCGCAUCACCUUCGCGGGUGAGCUCGAUCACGUCAAGAACUCCGCCAAGCUCGGUCUCGCCGUCUCGAUCGAGGCAUCCAGCGAAGAGCUCAUGGAACAACAGGAGAGAAUCAGCGGCGCGAUCCCUCCGUUUUAAACAGGAGGUUGACCCGCCAAAAUUUACUCUUCUCUCUGUAUAAUAAAAGUCGUCGUGGAUCACUACCGCAUGGCCUGCCACAUGCGGCGGGCUGUUGACAACAGUAAUGGCCAAAGCUCUCGGAUACUGAGGUACGGCAUUGUAUGUUCUCCGGCAUAGCAUUGGGAGCGGUGUUGUGUACGUGGCGGUGCGUGGCGCUAUGUAGAGGCAUGGGAGGUGUACAUUUAACAGUCGGAGAAGAAACAGCAGCUUCUACAAGAAGAAUGAGCUAUCAGGUAUUCCU